CCUACUCUGAUUAGCGAGAUACUACUGCAGGGCUUCAAGGUUCUCACCAUCGAUCCAGAAUUCGGGAAGUAAAACACAGCAUCCAAGCUGAGGAACAUCCCACACAAGCGCCGCCCGUUGGCCAAUUCGCUUAAUUGUUGCAGCAAAAUCUCACACCAAAAACAACACAAGACCGGAAACGCAUCCCGCUUCCAAUCGUAUUAAGAAUGGCUGGCACCGGCAAGACCUUUGUAGUGGAACAUCUGGACCCUGAGCUUGAGGAGUGGUCUUCUCUGGAGUACGCCAGCAUCGCGGCAGAAUCCCAUGAGUCUGGUGCACAGUUCCUGCUGUCUUCCGUACCGACGUCGUUGGAAUUGCCCGCAAACCUACAGGGUGCAAAGGGACUCAAUGUCGAGACAAGAGGUAUUGAAGAAAUCUAUGCGGACAGAAAAGACAAGGUGUGUCUGCUGGACCCUGCCGCAUCCAAGGACUUGAGCCCAGAGGACGGCGAGACAUUCGACAUCUUCUUAUUCGGCGGUAUACUUGGAGACGACCCGCCAAGAGACCGUACUUCAGAGCUGCGCAAGAAAGGAUACCAAGGACGUCGCUUGGGACCUGUACAGAUGACGACCGACACAGCAGUACGUGUCACCAGGAUUUGCGUGCAGGACAAGGUACCCGUCGACAAGAUUUCGUACAUCGAUCAUCCCGAUCUCAAGAUCAACAAGAACGAGAGCACACAGAUGCCAUUCCGUUAUGUCAAGGAUGAAAACGGGGAACCAAUCAUGCCCAAGGGAAUGCGUGAGCUGAUCGUUAAAGACUCGGCCAAGAGCUUGAACGAUCUCUUUUGAAGACCAGUAAUCAAUAUGCCAUAAGCAUCCCAUCUUUACGUACCAGCGGUAUGGGAGAUGAGCAUGCGCCACUGUGGCACACAGUCAUCAACGAUCGUUAACAUGUACCGCUUCCGGGAAUCCCAAAAAAGCAUUGUAAGGAUGAGAAAGGGGUCCGCGGUGUAGUACUAGGCGGGACUCUAGCUCUCAGUCGGGGUAUUGACCAGACGGACCGAUGUGGAUGCUAUCAUGCUCUAGAACGACUUUCACGUUGGUGCAGCAUGACGGCAUAGAGAAGUUAGUGCUAGAUAGUUAGUAGUCUGUAGUCCAAAAAGUUAUUGCCAGCCCGGCCGAACCUUAGGAAGUGAAAUCAACCAUUGCAUGCGAAUAUCGGCAGCUAG